AUGCUCGGCUUUCGCGGAAAGCGCUCGAACCCGCUGCCUACUGCCCUCACCGACGACAACGGCUUUCUGCGUCCCCCCGUCCCCGUCGCGGACGUCGGCCAGCCUCGCUACUCAACCUCCAAGUCCGAGUCAGGCCACGAUUACCUCGGCCCCCCGCCCUCGCGCUCAGAAAUCUUUGCUGCCUACGAUGAGCUCUCUGCUGCCCGCUCGACCCGCUCGCUGCCCACCCCUACUCCCACCGAGCUCUCCCUUUCCCACUCCCGCAACUACUCCCGCGAUGCUAUCAGCGUCGACACCGCUCCUCCUCCCCUCCUCGAUCCCCCCAAAAAAUCCAAAGGCAUGUUUUCCUGGGCCCACCGCGAACGCAAAAGAUCAAAGCCUUCUGCCCAAGCCCCGUCUGCCAACCCCGACGACUCGUUUAACCUAAAGUCUUUCCGCCAUGUCCGCCCUGCCUCUCCUCCCCCCGCUCAGAUUUCGCCUCGUUCACCUUCAGCUCUCUCGCCUCCUGCCCUCGCUCUCCCCCAGCGUCCCCGUGGAGACAGCGUCGCCUCUGUCGACUCCUCUCAGCGAAUAUCCGUCGCGGCCUUCCGAGAGAUGGCCGCGCGCAGGAGUGCUGCAAACUCGCCUUCGCCCUCGGCCACGGACCUCUCGCGCCUCGACGCUUCAGCUCCUUUCAUUCGCCCCCCAUCCGCCCUGUCUUCUCCGGUCGCGUCGUCGCCUCAGCUCGCCGCCCGUCGCCCUGCGUCGCGCCCUCCUGUCUCCCCCUCAUCGCCCACAUCUGACUCCACAUCGUCUGAAUCGGAUGCCGACGAUGCCGACGACGACGACUCUGCUGGCUCUUCCACCCUGCGUCCCAUGCGUGGUGUUGUCAAUGCCCCUCGUUCCCCGGGAAAGAGUUCCUCCGAGCUCGGGCAUCGCACCCGGCCUACUCCUCCGCGCAUCGCGAUGUCUGCCUCGGCCCAGAGUUCCGCCAGCGGUCGCGAGAGUCUCUACAGUCGCGCAAGGGCGUCCCAGUCGACGUCUGCUCUGAUGCCUAACGCCGCCGCAAAGCGUGCGUCCUUGCUUGCUGCCUCCAAUACGCCUUCGCCAGUUUCCACCACUGAUCUUCGUCGGAAGCUCCCCGCGAAAGACAGCUCAUCCGACAGUGACUCGAGCGAUGACUCGGACACCGAUUCGGAUAAUGCACCCCUCGCAAAGUUGGUCCUCCCCAAGCGACCAGGCAGCUCAGCGUCCAACGUCACUGCCGGCUCUCGCACGAGGCUGCCGCCUAAACCACUAAUUGAUAUAUCUGGUCUCAGUCCGCCUGUUUUACAUACUUCUCCAGAGUCGGAGAAGACGUCGAAUCCGCUGGAUGUGAAGGAAGUCGGUGAGAAGAACAAGGAACAGGACAAGGAGAAUAUUAGGGAGCCCAGUGUGGAGCUAGGGAGGAGGAUGCCUGCGAAGGAACCCAGCAAGGAGAAGGUUGCAGUAAUGUCUUCUGAGAAACCCACCCUCAACGAUCGCCUAACUCGUCUCGCACAAAGUGUGGCAGCUGGACGCGCAUCGAUGUCCAGCGCGCAGGAAGGCGCCAGGACCACUGACGAUAUGGACAAGACGGAACGUGGGCGGUCGCCACUGCCACAACCGAAACGCAGUCAGACUGUGCCUGUAGACCAGUUUCUUCCAUUAUCUAUCCCGACCAGUUCAACGUCCACGUCCACGUCUACUUCGGCCUCGGCUGCGGUUUCUCCUCCAUCACCCUCCAAGUCGAAGACGAAUGGCCGUUCGAUGUCGACCCCCAACGCGUUCGAGGGCAUAAAGGAUCUCUCCGACCCCACCCCCAUUGUGCCUACGCCGAUCAGAGAGCGAUCGAAUCCGCCUGCAUUCAGUGUAACAUCGCGCCCGACGUCUCAACUCAGUCUGGGCUCGUUAUCUCUGCAAAUACAGCACUCGCCACAGCAAGCGUUCUACCAGCCACAAAUAGCUGCGAGCGGAUCUGGGGCAAGCUCAUCGCUUACAUCAGCAGCCGCUGCUCCUCCGUCUCCCAAUGUAGAUGCGUCCAUACGCUCUGCGUCGCCAGCCGUAACAAGUGUGAGCUCACCCGCCGAGAUGACCGAGUCAAGAGCUUCACCCGGCCCGCGCGCUCCCCUGAUUCCCGACGGAGGGAUGCACCCCCCAAAGGGCUUCACGGGCGGAGGAUUGCUUGCAAGUCCCGCUGCCAACCCGCUGCCCUCGGGCACUUCUGCUGCUUUUCCUCCCUCUCCCGUGCCGUCGUCCGGCGGCAAGCCCUCUCCUUCUGUACGCGCGGCUCGGCAUCGAUCUGCAACGUUUGGGCAAAAUUCCCCGACUCGCGAAGCCAUGGCGCCCAUGCCCGCUCGUCCCAUCGCACUGCAAAGCAGGGGUGCGUCCGCAGACGGAAGCAGGCCGAGCGGCGACUCGGGCGAGGCUCCGGGCAGAGCGUCGACGUCGAGCGCGUCGACGCUGUCGGGGUCGGGGACUUCCGCAUCGAGGAGCCAAGACGCGCGUAGCCCCGUCGUCGCUGCGAAGGGCGCGGCGCCUGCGCAGACGCGGUUUCGAGCGAGCACCCUCGGCAUGCCUGGGGCUACGGGGAGCAGUGGAGCGGGAAGAGACUCGAUCGGUAUGCCGCCUGUCAAGCCGUUUGCAUCGACGGGCCUUCGGGGGAACAGCCCUGCGAGCUCGACGGGCGAGUCGAGCAGCGGGCGCACGCCGAUCACCCCGGGAGAUGGCAGCGAGAUCAGCUUUACGCCGAGGGACCGUAACCGGGGACGAGAGCGGGGAGGCGCCCAGGCUGGUCCUCCUCCAGUAAGUGGUGCAGCGGCAAGGAGGACGCACAGGAAGAGUGCGAGCGUGAGUUUCGAGGACCCGGAGAGGGGCCGAGGACUGGUGGACCACGAGAGGGAAGAGCGAGCCGCAGCUAGUGCGGAGGCGGAGGAGAGUCGGAGAAAGGAGCGGAGGCGCAGCGAGGCCAAGGCCGCUCUUGAGGUGCGUCCCUACAUGUGUGCAUACCUGCGUGCGCUGACGAUGGGUGGUCUACAGCUCGGCAACAUUGUGAAUGGACGUGGCCCGAUCGGGACGGAUGACGACGACGACGAGGAUCGCCCGCUGGACAACAUGCCGCCUCGUAUGAGCAUGAUGGCGUCGCUGUCGGGGAUGCCAAUGAGCACGUCGAACAUGAACAUGAACAUGAACAUGACCGGCCAGUCGCCCAUGAGCUGGCAGAUGCAACAGCCAGGGAUGGUGUCCCCACAGCAGUAUAUGUUCCCGAUGGUGCCUUCGAGUGCAGAUUCUGCAUAUCUCGCAGCACAUCAGCAAGCUAUGCUCGUCGCGAAGCAGGCGUACCAGAUGGCUGUCGCACAGCAAGCAAUGGCCGCGGCAGAAGAGGAAUGGGAGCGGGGCUCCACUGCUGCAAGCGUCAUGGGUGGCGGAAACAGGAGUGGGUUUGGUGGCAACUCCAUGAUGUUCCCUGGUGGAAACGGGUUCAACAUGGGCAUGAAUGGCAUGAAUGGAAUGGGCAUAGGCAUAGGCAUGGGCAUGCAGGGCGGCUGGGGCGGAAUGCUGUUCCCCUCGAGUGCGCAGUCGAUGUAUGCGGGUAGCGUCAUGGGCAGUGAGCUCGGCGUCGGUGCGCGGAACUCGAUGGCGUGGGGCUCCCGCAGUGCAUACGGCGACCCAAACAGCAACGAUCACGCGUCGAUGAUGAGGACCUCGACGUUUGGGAUGGCGCCUCCGCCGAUGCCUCCUCGCUCUGAGCUGGGGGUGCAGCAGAGACCUGGGCCAAGACCACGGACGAAGACGGCGCCGACAAGCCAGCCUACAGACUCGCGUCGUGCGCCUCCGCCUCCGUCAAGCUGGAAACAGGCCGGACGGCCAGCGUAG